UCUCGAGUUGCAAAGCCAAAAAAACCCCCAAAUUUGGCCUCUCGAUUUAGUUUUUGAAACCCUAAAUCUCGAUCCUCCGGCGUACUCGACUUCGCCGGCUUGAAUCUCUGCUAGUUAGCGAGUGUCUACUAUUGAAUCGGCGAAAAAAUGUCGAUGUCGAAGAGUUCGAAGAUGCUUCAGUUCAUAAACUACCGAAUGCGAGUGACGAUCCAAGACGGGAGACAGCUCGUUGGGAAGUUCAUGGCGUUCGACCGACACAUGAACCUCGUUCUCGGCGAUUGCGAGGAGUUUCGUAAGCUUCCGCCAGCUAAAGGUAAAAAGAACAACGAAGAGCGAGAAGAUCGCCGAACGCUUGGUUUGGUGUUGCUUAGAGGUGAAGAAGUAAUCUCAAUGACUGUUGAAGGACCACCUCCUCCUGACGAGUCUCGCGCUAAAGCUGGCUCUGCGGCUGCUGUUGCUGGUCCAGGAAUCGGUCGUGCUGCUGGACGUGGUGUGCCUACUGGUCCGUUGGUUCAAGCUCAGCCUGGAUUAUCUGGUCCGGUUCGUGGUGUUGGUGGACCGUCUCCUGGGAUGAUGCAGCCUCAGAUCUCUCGUCCGCCUCAGCUUUCGGCUCCUCCGAUUAUUCGAUCUCCGGGACAGAUGUUGCCACCGCCUCCAGCUUUUGGUGGUCAAGGUCCUCCUAUGGGAAGAGGUCCUCCUCCGCCUUACGGUAUGAGGCCACCGCCGCAGCAGUUUUCUGGACCACCGCCGCCUCAGUAUGGGCAAAGGCCAAUGGUUCCUCCUGGUGGUAUGAUGAGAGGACCUCCUCCUCCUCCACCUCAUGGGAUGCAAGGAAUGCCUCCGCAACGCCCUGGAAUGGUUCCUCCUCCUGGAGGUUUUGCUCCACCGCGUCCUGGCAUGCCACCACCGCCACAUAAUCAGCAGCAGCAGUGAUUAGGUUUACAAUUGUGGUGCUUUCAUUGUUGCCUUUCGUAACUUUAGCCUGCAAUCUCUCUGAUCUAUCUUAGCUUGCAAAGUUUGUAGAUUUUGGUGACGAGUGAGUGUUUUUGCCUUUAUCUUCUUUUUGUGUUUCAUUUCAUUAAACCUGUUUUAUCAUCACCUUAUUUGCGUCUGUGUUACGUAGUUAACAGCAGCUUUCUUGAGCCAUUUUGAAGAACUUAGUACCCUCUUAGAAACUAAUCAGACCUUGGUCGCUAGUUGGGAAUAUGGGCUUAAUCGGUUCCAAACUAUAUAUAGCCUCUCUGUCUCUGGUCCUUGUUUAGGUAGAAGUUAAUACGUUGUAUAGGGAGAUAUGGUAAAACGUUCUUACUCACUGAUGCUGUGACCACAACCAUACAUCUGCAAUGCCAAAGCAAAGGGCUUUGGAAUGUUAAUUCUGAUUAUAGGCGUAGACAUUGGGGUUAGUUCACAUUCGAAUAGUUCAAAGUUAGGUAACUGUAGUUGAAAUCGGACCCAAAUCAUUUUAGCUAGUGUUCAGUUUGCGUCCAUAUGUACAUGUGUUAAGUUUGAUAAUCAUGAAAUGAUGAACAAGUGUGGUUAGUUGAAUGAUUAAGUUUUUUUU